AUGGCGGCACAUAGACGCUCAGGUAGUAGUCACGGGGUAGGCUCGACCGGCCAGCCACGGCAACUCCCAGGGUCGGCGUGUGAAGAAUGUCGGAAAAGGAAGCUGCGAUGCGAUAGACAGCGACCGCAAUGCGGGACUUGUGCCGACGCCGGUAUCGUGUGCGAAAUCAACAACAACCGUCUCGCGCGGGGCCCCAAGAAAGGCGACCUCAAAGCUCUCCGCAGUCGGAUCGUGGCCCUGGAACGCCGGCUGAGCGUCGACCACGGCGCAGCCGCCUUGUCCAUUCUCACCGGCGACGACGCUGUUUUACCGACACCAUCCGAGACUCGGGCUACCAGCACCUCGGCCUCGGAAGGAGGAUCUCCCACGCUUGUCUCGCCAUGUCAGCAAAGCUCGUCGGUUUGGGACGGCGAAAUCCACGUCCAGGUACCUCCGAUGACCCCCACGUCCGCCCCUCUGAGCUUUUCCACCUUCAAGUUUCCGCCCACGCCGCCGUCACCGCCGAGGGGCACGUUCGUGGACGACUUGAUGCGUGCGGAUCUUGAUCAAUUGUACUUUGACCGAGUACACCCCAACGUCCCCAUCUUUAACCAGUCGCGAUACUUCGCCAGGGCUCGGCAGAACCCCUGUGUUGAGGGCCCCACCUACAUGCUCUGUCUCCAGUAUGCCAUGUGGACUCUUGCCAUGGCGCUCUCGUCCCAGUUCGAAAGCUCUCGGGAGCUCCUCUACAACGAAACACGGCAGAUGCUCGAGGCGCUUGACCUAGCGGACGACGAUUUGCAGCCCGUGCGGAUCGAGCAGGUACAAGCGUGGCUUUUGAUAUCCUUCUACGAGUUGGCGCGCGCAAGCUACCGCCGGGCUUUAAUAAGCGCAGGUCGGGCAUUUCGGCUUGUGCAGCUCGCGCGUCUGCACGAGGUAGACGGCCACGGAAACUCGAUAGAGGAAGAAGAUCCGGUGGUCAAAGAGGAGAAAAGGAGGACGUUCUGGAUGGCCUACUCCUUGGAUCGCUUGAUAUGUAUGAGGAGUCGUUGUCCCCUGACACUGACAGAAGAAGUGGUCUGUACGCGGCUCCCGUCACCGGAGUUGGCAUUCCAGAGUGGCCAUCCCAUCCCGGGUUGCUUCCUGCCGGAAGCUCUCGCCUCAGGCGAUCACAACUUUUUUUCGCCGCUCGCUGGGUCCAUAAUGGUCAUCAGUAUCUGUGGCCGCGCACUCUCCCAUGGUCAAGUCUCCGGCGUGGAACGAGCGUUUGGCACUGCGUCGCUCGACUUUUGGCUCCGGCACGAAUGGUUGGACGGGAUGUUGGCGCGAACACUGGAAUCGCUUUCAAUGAAUUCGCCAGUCGCGUCCGCGAUGGCGGAUCCGAUGGUUUUCUUCGCCUUUAUGAUGGCGCACGCAACAACUAUCUUCAUGUGCCAGAUUGCGGAGGCGUCAGGGAUCGACGGCCAUUGUCGGCCGACGGUUGCGGAUUGUCGGAGUCGGGCGACGCAGGCCGCGCGGGAGAUUGGCAGGAUAGCCAAGGCACACGAACACAUUGGGUAUUUCAAGGCCCACAUAUUCCUGCCGUUCGCCGUCUACCUCGGUGCAUCGCAGCUGGCGUCGGACCGCAAGCGGCGACUAGACGGGCACUAUCCGUUUCAUAGCCACGGCUUGGAGACAGAAAGUGAGUCGGCACUUGACGGCGAGUUUCACAUCUGCAUGGAUGCCCUGAGAAAGGUACAGAGCUUCAACCACCUUGCGAAGGAGCAUUUGGCGGUACUAGAGUCACAGGAGUUUGUUUUUGGAGGUCUCUGA